AUGGAGUAUGAAGACGACUUCGAGAAUUGGAAGCUCUGUUGGGAGGUCUCUCGGCUGUUCCAAAAACAGAGGUUCUUCCCGCCUCCUGAUGAUAACAUUUGCCUAGGCUGCGGGGCGAAGACUAAGCCUUGGAGUAACAAGCAUCGCUCUGAGUUCGUGAUUCUUGCAGUUCAAUGUUCUGCAAAGGGGCAUCUCGACAGCCUGAGGUCAUUGGAAGUAGAUGUUUGUGUGCGCUGCAAUCAGGAUUUUGUUGCAAAAAUUGUGAAAAGAGAGCAGAUGUGCCCAGAAGAAGGAUGCAGGAGAGUGUUAACUAUAGACAAGAAAGCUGUUGCUAAGAGACUAGGCGGACAGGACUUACUUACCGUCAAGUUCCUGAGCCUGCUUUCGAAGUAUGAAACCUUUGAAUGCCUUUUUCAUGGAGACACAUCACCGUUGUCUUUAGCCCCAAAGCUGCACGCUCCUACAAAUUGUAAUCAUGAAGCGAAUAUCUGCUCUAAGGGGCUCAAGGCUGUGCUCGAGCAAGCAGUCUGUGAUGGUCGAUUGCAAGACAUUCGAUGUCCAGAUCCCGAUUGUCGAGCCAGUUAUUCCAAUAAAGCCGUUCGAAGCAUGCUAUCGAAGGAAGUGUUCGUUCAAUAUAACCGAAAGCUAGGACUUCGCGAAAUGCAGAAAGAUGAUAAUUUCCGCUGGUGUCAGGGGAAGGGUUGUGACAAUGGACAAAUCGUUCAACACAAUGCUGACGAAUUGGAAUGGCAAUGUGUCGUUUGCAAGAUGUGGAAUUGCUUUGGUUGUAGUAAAACAAUAUGCGAAAGGCAUAAGAAGGAGAAGGCCGAGGAGAGCGCAAAUGAGGAAUUACUUAACCGAACUACGAAGAGAUGUCCUAGAAGAGGCUGUGCCCGAAGAAUUGAGUACAAGUGCGGUUGUGCCCAUAUGACGUGCCAUGAGAACGUAGCAAACGGAUGUGGAACGGAGUUCUGUUGGGUCUGUAAAGUCAUUUGGCCAAGGCAACCGGAACCAACGGGGAAGGCGGUGGCAUCUCACCUGGCAUCAUGUCGGCUUCGAAAUCCUUCAAGAACUCCAGUAAAUAGGCCACAGUCUAAUGAUGGAGACUAUGCUCCUGGGUGGGACUUAGAUCCUGGAUACGAUAUAUCUCUAGACACAAGUAUGUGGCUUCCAGGAUACCAGCGUUGAGAGGGCGUAAGGAAAUGCAAUGCAAAAUUGCGGUCUCGGACAGCCUUCGUAUCUGUAGGAGCGAACAAAAAAG